AUGGACCGGCUUUAUGAAUUAGCUGACGGUUUCAGGAGGUCCCUGAAGUCCCACCACGAAGAAGAGUUCGAAAACACGACUGAUGGAGACAUGCGAAAAGAAAUCCGGGAUAUUCAAUUGUUACGAGAUAAAACAAACAACAUGAUGGAUAUGAAUCGACUGCGGAUGUUUCUUGACGGCAUGGAAGAACUCGAGAAAGUCCUCUUGCAGCUCGAGUUUCCUGGCACGAGAGGUGUGAUGUCAAUGGUUUGGGGCUCAGUGAAGUUCUUACUGAGGGAGUUAUUCCAAAGGUUUCCGCCCGCCAUAGAGUGUAUAGUAAAUAUCUACGGUGACAUACAGCGGUUUCAUUCCACAGUAUACAAGCUUUUCUCACUUACAGCAAAGCUAUGGCAACGGCUUCAGAGAUCGGUUUGGGAUGACGCGAACGCCCUAUUUUCAAAACUAUCCGUCUCUCUAGGCUCACACGCUAAGUUCAUCAAAGGACAUUAUUCCACACAAGACUAUAACUCCCUUCACGCGGCCUUCCAGCAAUACUCAUAUGGCCUCAAGUCAACCUGGAAAAACUUCGAGACCGACGAAAUAGUCCGACGCCGUGAAAGAAAGUACGAAGUGACUCAAUGGAUCACCUCUUCUCGGAAGAUGCAACGAUUGCAUAACGAAUUUCGCGAGAUGGUGAUCUGCCCCAAGAGUGGUCGUUGGCUUUUCCGAAACUACAGCGAUAUUUCAGAAUGGAUGGGAGAGGAAGACCCUCCUCACUCAGCCAUAUGGCUGCAUGCGAACGUCGGAUAUGGCAAAACGGUACUUGCAUCACUAAUAGUUGAUGAACUAAAAUCAUCGAAACUCCAUAAUACCAUGCCCUCGUUUCCAGACGACGGUAAAACAUGCUACUUUUACUGCCAAGAGAACGACAUUGAACACAGAAACCAUAUUGAUAUCCUGAAAGGCAUACUACUGCAGAUGGUAGAGGCCGAGGACUAUAUAAUCCCAUAUUGCUACCAGGAAAAGGUCUCCAGUGGAGGCUCCACCCUAAUUGAUGCAAAACUGGCUGAAAAGCUCAUCAAGACUUUCAUCGAGUUCUCUGUAAGGCACUACAUCGUGAUAGACGGAGUAGAUGAAUGCCAUGGAGCCGAGAUUCAACAAACUGCCAAGUUCUUUAAGGAUCUGGUGUCGGCAUAUGAUACGCAGAUUAGAUUGGGGCAUCUGAGAGUUCUUUUCAUCGGCCGAGAGACAUCUGAUACUAAGCAUAUACCUGGAGAUGAUUGCAUCAGUAUAGCGCUCAGGCCCGAGGACAACCACGACGAUAUCAGAGCUUUUGUGGAGAAGAAACUUCCAGAGUUCUCAAAAUCAAGUCACCGUUUGGGUUUCAGUCUUUCCGAAGCUGAUAAAUCAGAUGUUGAACGCAUAAUAUGUCAUCAAAGCCAAGACUCUUUUCUCUACGCACAUCUAGCCAUCGAGUUCCUUCUACAACAGGAUACCAAAGGUGGCUUGCUAACCCUACUCAGACAAGGGAUACUACCCACGAAGCUAGGAGACAUGUAUGAAAGAUUGCUGGACUCCGUCAAGAGUAAUCUCACGGCCCAACCAGGAGGUUACACGAGGUGGGAGAGAUCAAAGCUGCUCUUUGGAUGGCUGAUAUGUGCCAAACGACCACUUAGAUGGAACGAGAUACAAGCAAUUUUAUGCUUCGACCCUCAUAAGCUUCAUAUAGAUUUUGAGAAUGACAUGUUACGACAAGAUAUGGAGACGUAUCUCGGCUCCAUCGUUCAUGUCCUUGACGGAGGCUAUAUUCGACUGAUUCAUUCAACUGCAUGCAGAUAUAUCAUAGAGAACAGGCAUAUCAGUGAGAAGCAAGUUCAGUGCCAGCUGACUACUAUGUGUCUCAGAUACUUGACCCUUCCUUGCUUUAUCCAGGACAUCAACUACAGAGAGCACCAAAGAAGCGAGCAUGCAAAAUUGGGCUGGUUCGCUUUCCAGGAUUACGCGUGCGCCCAUUGGCUUCAUCAUACCGACACCUUGAUCAGAGAGUGCAGUGAGGUCUUUACCUCUGAGACCUUUCGAAAUGUUGCAGCAGAAUUCACAUUUGCUUUGAAGCAUUUUGUCAAUACCCAUCGUGCAGACUUAACCACCAUCAAGCACGUUGAAUUAGUCGCGGACCACAUAGAGAAGUUCGUCGACUUGGAAUUCUAUGAAGACCUUUACUUUCUCUGGAACCACAUGUACACUCACCAGCGAGGGGAUUACGCGACGCGAAACGCCGUUGGCAUUAAGCAAAUCGAGAAUGGACUUAAAGACAAUAGAACGCAACUAGAAAUUCUCUUUGUCAAUCACCAAAAAGUCGGUGAUGAGGAUACUGUUGACGACUAUUAUGGCUCAAAGCCUUACAAGUGUAAUCGCACACUCUGUCGUUUCUUCCAUGCCGGCUACAAUAACGCACGAGACCGAGAUAAUCACGGAAAGCGACACGAGAGACCUUUUCAAUGCCCCAUAUCCUGCAACGCUGCUCCUCUCGGUUUUGUAAACAACAGGGACAGGGAACGGCAUGUCAGUAUUUACCAUGCGGAACUUGGCGAAGGCCCCCCCAUCUUUGAGACCUUGAGCCGUCGACAGGUCUCCGGAAGAUUCGUGUGCCAAAUUUGUAACAAGACAUUCACGAGAAACAUCAAUCUCAAGAGCCACGAGCGAAGUCAUUUUGGAGACAGGCCUUACUCUUGCACGACCUGUAGGAAAGCCUUUGCUAGGAUUAAUGACUGUCGAAGGCAUGAGAAGAUACACGCGAAGAGGGGAUAUUGA